AUGUACUUUCAGCAGCCACUGGUUUUACGUCUGUUUUCACUUGCCGAUCUCAGCGAAUCUUCAGUGUUCGCCGUGUAUGUGCUAUUCGACUGUGUGACAGCCAUUUUGCUAUCCAUCAGUGCCCGGAAAUAUGCUGAAGAUGGUGAAAGUGCCGAUCCCGAGCACAUUUUCAGGACUGUGUUCAAAUGCUACUUUCUGAAUCCUAUCACCAUCGCCUGCUCAGCCGUGCUAAGCAUCUCAGUACUGCACAACUUUAUUACAGCUGGUAUCGUCUAUUUCUUCUGCUCAGGUCUUAUUCUUCCGUGCGUGGUUCUCCUUUCUGUUUCUACAAGUCUCUCCGUUUAUCCCGUCAUCAUCGUGGCGUCUAUUUUACUACGAUUUCCUUCCUUACAAGAGCGCCUUCUCACUGUUGCUGGUUUAUCUAUUGGUUUCGCCACAUUGGUUGCUCUCAAUUGGCUUUCAAACAAUAUGAAUUGGAACUUUAUUGAAGACACCUACGGUUUCAUCUUACGUGUGGACGAUUUGACCCCAAACGUCGGUCUGGUCUGGUACUUCUUCACCCAGGUGUUUGAGCAUUUCCGAGCGUUCUAUUUAAUGGUAUUCCAAAUUAAUUUGUUGGUAUAUGUAGUUCCACUUUUGCUGAGUUUAAGAAAAGAUGCUCAUCUUCAUCUGGUGAUUAGUUUGCUUCUCGUAGCGGUUUUCUCAUCUUAUCCCACACUGAACGAUGCAUCCGUAUACUUGGCCCUACUUCCAAUGCUAGAGAAGUAUCGAAAAUAUCCACGAUACACUUUGAUUGUUGCUGGUACUAUUGUGACAUGUGUGGUAUUAAUGCCAGUCAUGUGGCACAUGUGGAUCGUUGCCGGUUCAGGCAA